CAUCGAAGCCGUCUGGUGGUGGACCUCCAACGAAGCCACGUCGCCAUCGAGCUCCAGUCGUCCGUCGAAGCUCCAGCUCCAACCGUCCGCCCGUCCGUUGCCGUCACCUCUUUAUAAUGGCUUCAUCAAGUGCUUCGGUUACACAAAGUGUUGGAUAUUCUGAAGCAUCCACACUUAAAAGGAGAUCAAAUGAUGUAGGGUGGGAAUAUGGUAAUUUAGUUGAUGGAAAAAAUUUGGAUAAAGUAAAAUGCUUGUUGUGCGAGAAAAUUUUAUCCGGUGGAGUGCAUCGAAUAAAAGAGCAUAUUGCUCAUAUACAAGGAAAUGUUGCUCCAUGUUCUAAAGCUACUAAAGAUGAUCAACUUAAGUGUAGAACUGCACUCAAUGAAGCCAAGAUGAGAAGGAAAAAUAAAAAAACUAAUGAAGAUAAUUUAAGAGCCGAGGUGAAUAUUGAUGGUAGAAGUGAGUCAAUUGAUGUUGAGGACUUGCAAGGGUCUCUUGAAUCUAAAGUGAAAGGAUAUAUAUGUAGAUGGGCAUAUGAGGCCGCUAUUCCUUUUCAUGCAUUUGAAAAAGAUAGCUUUAAGAUGAUGUUAGAAGCAGCUGCACAAUUUGGUCCCGGAGUUGAAUCACCAAGUAGAUAUGAGAUGAGUGAAACAUUCUUGAAAAAAGAAGUUGAUAAAGUGAAAGAGUCUUUGAAGAUACACAAAGAGGAGUGGAAGCAAAAUGGAUGCUCAAUCAUGACGGAUGCUUGGACCGAUAGAAAGAGAAGAAGUGUAAUGAAUUUGUGUGUGAAUUCAACUUUAGGCACCGUUUUCCUUUCUUUUAAAGAAUGUUCACUUGAUUCACACACAAGUGAAUAUAUUUAUGAGUUUGUUGAGCAUGGCAUUGAACAAGUUGGAGUUGAAAAUGUUGUUCAAGUUGUCACAAAUAAUGCCUCAAACAACAUGGGAGCUUCAAAGUUGUUGAAAGAGAAGAGGCCAACCAUCUUUUGGACUUCUUGUGCCACCCACACGAUAAAUCUAAUGCUUCAAAGCAUUGGAAAUCUCCCAAGGUACAAGAAAGUCCUUGAUCAAGCAAAGGCUUUAACGAUCUUUAUUUAUGCUCAUCACAAGACUUUGGCAAUGAUGAGAACUUUCACAAACAAGAGAGAUAUAGUGAGGCCCGGUGUGACUAGAUUUGCAUCUUCAUUCCUUACUUUGCAAAGUUUAGCCGAGAAGAAGAUUGAAUUAAGUGCAAUGUUUUCUAGCAAUGAAUGGGAGGCAUGUAAAUUUUCCAAGAUAGCUAAAGGGAAGGUAGCACACACAACCGUAACAAGUUUGGAAUUUUGGCAAGGUGUAACGGCAUGUUUGAAGGUUUUUGCACCAUUGGUGAGAGUACUUCGACUUGUUGAUUGUGAUAGCAAGCCAUCAAUGGGGUUUGUAUAUGGUGAGCUUAUGAGAUCAAAAGAGGAAAUCAAACAUGCUUUGUCCGAUGUCCCAAUGAACUAUAAAUCGAUUAUUGACAUUAUUGAAGAAAAAAUGAAAGAUAGGCUUGACUCUCCUCUUCAUUUGAUGGCAUAUUUUUUGAAUCCUUAUUACCAUUAUAAGGAUCCACAACUUCAUUUGAACGAAGUUGUAGCUGUUGGAGUUGUUGAUUUUUGUGAUAUUCUAUUUGUCAAUGAUUUUGAAAUGCAAAAUAAGAUUUUAAGUGAAGAAUUGCCAAAAUAUAAGAAGAAGGAGGGGAUGUUUGGAAGAAGUAUCACAAUCAAAGCAUGUGAGGUGAAUGAUGACAACUUUAAUCCCGCAAAUUGGUGGUCAAAUUUUGGUACCUCAGCCCCUUUAUUGAGAAGAAUAGCCAUGAAGAUUCUUUCUUUAACAUCUAGUUCUUCGGGGUGUGAAAGAAAUUGGAGCACGUUUGAAGGGAUACAUACAAAGAAGAAAAAUAGAUUUGAAUCAAAUCGUGUCAACAAUUUAGUUUUUGUCCAAUUUAAUGCUACUCUGAUGAACAAGAGCAAGCAAGAUAAAAAUAUUGAAAAGUUGGUUGGUAGUGAUGCAAGUUUAGUACAAGAUUGGAUUGUGGAAAAUCUUGAGAAUGAUGAGACUGAGCCGGGAUUGGAUUGCAACAAUAAUGCUAUGGAAGUGGAUGAAGUAUUACAACCCCGUAGAAGUGCUAGAUUGAGGGAUCUUGAUGAAGAUAACUUUGAAUCGGAAGGGGAAAGUGAGGAGGAAAUAAAUGAAGUGGAGUUUGAAGAUGAUGGGCAACGUGUUAUUGAGCAAUAUGGACAAGAUGAAGAAAUUGACAAUGAUCCUAUUCAAUCAUGAUUCAUGAAUCACUUUGGAUUUCAAAACUUUAAAAUUUGGACUUGAAUGUUGAAUUUUUGUUGAAUGUUAAUUAUGUUGUAACUCGUAAGUUUAAACUUUAAACAAUGAUACUUGGAUGUUGUUUCA